CGGAUUGUUUUAUAGGUGACAGUUGUAAACGACGGGCACGGUGGGCGGAUCCGUCGUCCCAAACAUGUCAUGAAAGAUGCGCGAAAUCGCGAGAAUCAUGAGUGACGGGCAGCCCGGGUCAGAGCAGCGAGAUUGGCACGCAUGACUGGUGGUUAGUCGCGCGCAGACAUGUGUCCCGCACUCCUGGAGAACGAGGAACGAUGCCUGGGCGGCAUGACCUUCUUCGCGCAAAGCCACCCGGUGGAGGUGUGCGGCAGCAACGGUUUACCGCUCACGCCGAAUUCCAUCACCAUCUACGGGAAGGCGCAGUUCCUGAAGACCAUCUACCACCCGCAUCUCUCGCCUUAUCUCGAUAUCAUCAGAAGCAAGCACGAGAGGAUAGUGGUCGUUGCGGAGUACAGCGGUGCUCCGUUGAGCACCAGACAAGAUCUAAGCGCAGAAGAAAUCAUUAGGAUAUCCUUCCAGUGUCUGCUGGCGUUACGACACAUGAAUGAACUGGAUCUGGUGCAUAGGCACUUGUGUCCGGAUAAUAUCUUGAUUAACAAGAACAGCGAUGUCCAGUUGUAUAAUUAUGGACUGUACUACAUGACGGACGGUGGAAAGAACGUGUCCUUCCCAAUUGGCUCUCCAAAGUACACAGCACCGGAAGUGUUUCUAAAUCCAAGUCCAAGCGGCGUCAAGAUGGACUCCUGGUCUCUGGGAAUGAUUAUAGCCGAGCAGCUAUUGGGACAACCCAUCUGGCCCGGUGUGAAACUGUCGCAGUGUUUAAGGAAAGUUCUGAGCUUAAUAUUAUGUGAUACCAGCAUAUUCGAGCGUCUUGCCAGAGAAAACAAUUGUUUUCACGUCUACGAAAAAUUGCCGAAGGAGCUGAAGGAAUUCGUAGACUCGUGUCUGCAGAUUCGUCCUACCAAGCGUAAGACUCCGGAGGAAUUACUGAAGUUGCCGAUAUUCGCGGAGCAUUUAACUAGAAACGCGCAGGAGAAGGAAGAAAAUCUCUACAAAAACGUCAUUGUCAGAAAGAUGGACGAGUUAUAUUACCUGUGGCAGUUGGCUGGCGGGGACAUAACCGUGGACUUGAAGAAACAGGGUCACAUUAGAUCACGGCCGCCCAUCUUAUCCAUUCCGAAUUUAGUCAUAUUACUUGGCCAGAUGUUCGGCCAGAGAGAUACCGCUAGCCUGCUCGACGUGAGGGUCGUAAAAGUUCCUAUGGAGACUCUACGCCAGCGUUUAGCCCACAUUCCGUACAUAGCGAACUAUCCUUGGCUGACGAACCAAAUGCGAGUUCAAGCGCAGGAGGACUUGACGAACGCGGCAUCCCAGCUGCCGCUGAUCAUAAGGGAGCGCGACACGGAGUACCAGUUUUACAGGCUCGUCCUGUUCGACAGGCUGUUACAGGCGUAUCCGCUCACACAGGAAGCGAUUAUCGAGGAGGCGCACAAGGACAUUCCGCCGCCGGUUAGGGGCGCUGUAUGGGCUGCUUUGCUCGGCAUCACCGGCGACAUACAGAAGCGUUACGACAUGAUUGACAAAGAAACGCCUACCCACACUGAUCGGCAGAUAGAGGUGGAUAUACCAAGGUGUCACCAAUACAGCGAGCUGUUGUCAUCCGGUGCCGGACACGAGCGGCUGCAGAGAUUGCUGAAGGCCUGGGUCAGGAAUAAUCCGCACUACGUCUACUGGCAAGGGCUCGAUUCGCUGACGGCGCCUUUCCUCUAUCUGAACUUCAACAACGAAGCCCGAGCGUUCGCGUGUCUGUCCGCCUUUAUACCCAAGUACCUCCACAAGUUUUUCCUGAAGGACAAUUCAGCGGUGAUACAGGAGUAUCUUGGCAAGUUCUCCCAGAUCAUUGCGUUCCACGAUCCUCAGCUAGCGAAUCACCUCAAAUCGAUCAAUUUUGUACCGGAACUCUUCGCCAUACCGUGGUUUCUAACGAUGUUCUCGCACGUAUUUCCGCUGCACAAGAUACUGCAUCUGUGGGACAAGCUACUGCUGGGAGACUCGUCGUUUCCCCUCCUGGUUGGACUGGCGAUACUGAAGCAACUGCGAGACUCCCUGCUGAUGUCGGGUUUCAACGAGUGCAUCCUCCUGUUCUCCGACCUGCCCGAGAUUGACAUAGAGCUCUGCGUUAAGGAUUCCAUGACAAUGUAUCAGAACACACCCGCUAGUAUUACCUAUCGGAAGCAUCAGUACAAUAUGACAAAGGACGCUACCUGGAUCGAGCCUGAAGCGGGCACCGAGAAAAUGCCGAGGAUAAGCGUGGACGACUUCUUGAGUCUUUACAACGACUCGCCGAGCAAGAUCAUCGCGGUCGACGUGCGCAGUAACAUACAAUUCGAGAGGGGCGCGAUCCUGGGCAGCAUCAAUAUUCCGUUCACGAGCGUGCAGUUGUCGCAAACUCACGUCGACACGCUCGGGCCGCACGCGAAGCCGUUGAUGGACAAUAAAAGCAGCGUCGUUGUAAUUAUUGGGCCGCACGAUCAAAAUAACGUAUUGUUUGCAGAUUUCCUAGUAAAGUGCGGUGUCGUGGGAGUUUGUUCCCUGCAAGGCGGCAUCAACGCGUUACGAUCCAAGUCUCCGAACAUCAUAGUACCUGCACGCUAAUUGAGUUACGUAAUUAGAUUACUGUACAUAAUACUCAGAUUUACUCAUCGCGAUGAAGUACGAUCGAUAUUAUUACACUGUAAAACCUGUACGACAUGCUGUACAAUUUUGUUAUAAAGUGAUUCGCAAUAUUGCUGCAA